AAAAAAAUUAAAAAACAUAGCAAAAUCUAAACGGUAUAAAAAAAACGAUUUUCUACCACGCUCUGCUACCCCUCUCCUCCGCCUUGUUCCUCUCGAAGAAGUGCAAUCCCAUCGCCCGCUGCCGUCCACUAUUCGCCCUCCCUUCGCCUGCUAGGAUACCGUUCUAAUUCAAAUGACUGCAUUGUCAUUUCUGAGGCCAAGAAAAUCUGCUAUCUUCUCCUUUGUUUUUGGCGUUUCCCCUCAAGUUUUUCAGAAAUUUGGCUUAUUCUGCCCCAAGAUUGCUAAAUCCUUCCUGAGUCCAUGUGCCCAUCUAUCGAACAAUCAAAGCUUUUGGAGGGUUUUUUCAUUAGGUGUACUGUAUUCGACUCAAUCCUCAAAACUUCCUGAAUAUGAAUUGCCUACGGUCACAUGGGGAGCUGUUCAAGGGCGAAAAGAAAAACUUGUGUCCCGAGUCAUAAUCUGUGAUUACUUAAAGAGUUUGGGGAUUGUUCCUGAUGAAUUAGAACACUUGGAGUUGCCUUCUAAUGUUGAAGUCAUGAGAGAGCGUGUCGAGUUUCUUCAGAAGUUAGGAUUGACAAUCGAUGACAUUAACGAGUUCCCAUUAAUGCUAGGCUGUAGUGUUCGCAAAAAUAUGAUACCUGUUCUAGGUUAUUUGGAGAAAAUUGGGAUUCCAAGGCCCAAACUUGGAGAAUUUAUUAAGAAUUAUCCACAGGUCUUACAUGCCAGUGUCAUUGUUGAGCUUGCUCCUGUCAUUAAGCUUCUUCGUGGGCUCGAUGUCGAAAAAGACGAUAUCGGAUAUGUCCUCCAGAAAUACCCUGAGCUUCUGGGUUUCAAGCUUGAGGGGACAAUGAGUACAUCUGUUGCAUAUCUUGUGAGUAUAGGUGUUAAUCCGAGAGAUAUUGGACCAAUGGUCACACAGUACCCGUUCUUUUUGGGGAUGAGGGUUGGAACCAUGAUCAAGCCCCUUGUUGAGUUUAUUGUUUCUCUAGGUUUGCCAAAGAAGAUAGUAGCCAGAAUGCUCGAGAAGCGAGCAUACAUACUCGGUUACGAUCUUGAAGAGACAGUGAAACCCAAUAUAGAUUGCUUGCUAAGCUUUGGGAUUAGGAAGGAGCUGCUUCCUUCAAUUAUUGCACAAUAUCCAGUAAUUCUGGGGUUGCCUUUGAAAGCUAAGAUGUCUUCUCAGCAAUUUUUCUUUGACCUAAAGCUCAAGGUUGAUCCUGCUGGGUUCGCGCAGGUGAUAGAAAAAAUGCCACAGAUAGUCAGCCUUCACCAACAUGUGAUAACUAAACCUGCAGAGUUCCUUCUUGAACGCGGUAUACCCUCCUCUGAUGUAGCAAAGAUGAUCGUGAAAUGUCCCCAGUUGCUCGCUUGUCGUGUACCACUCAUGAAAAAUAGUUACUACUUCUUUAAGUCUGAUAUGGGGAGGCCAAUUAAAGAGCUUGUCGACUUCCCUGAAUAUUUUACGUACAGUUUGGAAUCGAGGAUAAAACCGAGGUAUCAGAGGCUGCAGAGCAAGGGAAUCAGUUGUUCAUUAAAUUGGUUUCUCAACUGCAGUGAUCAAAGGUUUGAGGAGAGACUGAAAGGUGAAUUCAUUGAGACAGAGAGUUUGAGGCCAUCAUUUUGUAUGGGAGGGAGGUUAGAGCUGCCAAGUAAUGAGACUAUUGUGUCAGAUGAUGAGGUUGAAGAGGAUGAGUGUGAUGAACAACUUCAUAGACGCAUUGUUUCUCUUUAGAAAAUUCCCCCUUUUACUUAUUCAAUUCAAUUCAAUUCAUCUUUUUGCUCUGUC